UUUCUUCAAUUUGUAUGUAGAAGCAAUGAGUUCUAUUAAAAAAUGGAAAUUGUUACAAAAGUAUUCAAGCACUGUGUCGAGUGACUUUACAAAGAAAUUGUACCUCAAGAACGGAUUGCUGGCGAUUUUUAAACCCUACGGAAUACCAGUUCAUUCUGGUCCAAAAGUUAAGCAUUGCAUGACUGAUAUAUUCCCUGGACUUGAAAAAAGAUAUGAUCUUCCUAACGGUAGCCUGGAACUAGCAAAUAGAUUGGAUAAAAAUGUAACAGGUGUGUUGCUGUUGACGUAUGAGAAGGAAACAGCAGCUUAUAUAGCUUAUUUACAGAAGCAUCGGAAAAUAGAAAAAACAUAUUUAGCGAUUUUGUUAGGUGCGCUGUCGACAAGAUUUGGCACUUUAAAAGGUGAUCCCAGUGAUGGAGGGCAAAAAAUAAAUUAUAGGAAAGUUAUUAAGAAAACUGAGUUGGAGCCUCAGGCAGUUACAGAUUUCAAAAUUCUCGACAAUAACAUGGACACGUGUAUGCUGGCAGAAUUUCGAACGAGAACAGGAUACAAACACCAAAUUCGUCUCCAUGCUUCAGAUGUGUUAAAAUGUCCUAUACUUGGUGAUCAUAAAUACCACCAUGGACCAAAUGGUCCCCAACCAUUGUCCCUCAGAAUGAUGCAAUUACUACGCAUGCAAGGUGUUAAACAGAAUGAAUCUGACAAAGGAAAAAUCAGACCAUGGCAACGUGGUCUCGUUCCGUUGCAUCUGUUUGCGCAGAGCGUGUUUAUACCAGGACUUGACGACGGCAAAGAUGUCGAAAUAGUCGCUGAACCUCCCCCAUAUUUUUUUGAGACGAUGACAAAAUGUAACUUGCUGACAAAUAGAGAAGAGGUGGAGGAGAGAGAAACGCAAGACAAACAAAGGAAACGAUUUCCAAUAUAUAGAGAUACAGUUUUUGUUCCAAAGGGUAUUCCCCGAAAUCAACCGAUGCAUGAAACUUCUCUGUAAUUAUUUUGUUGAAAAAAUUCUUGUUUUGAA